AUGACGAUUCUGCUGAAAGCCUCCAAGGUCUUCCAAGCACCAAUACCUAUAGAGAGUAAGAAGGAAAAAUCAGGUAUUAUUGCAACACUCCUCGAGUGCCUCCACAACUUCAGCUUUGGUGCUGUUCAAGAGCAGGAGAAGUACCUAGGUGACGCGGCAUAUCUGAACUCCUUGAAUGCUACCCCGGGACUUCCAGAGCGCUCGGAUGUCGUCGUCGUUGGAGGAGGAAUCCAUUCACUGAUUUACGCCAUCCACGCACGCUCCUUGGAGCUCCAAAAAUGCAACGAGGGUAAGCCGUCUGCGAUACCCAGCACUUUAGCCGCUACCUUCUCCCCCACAUGCAAAAAGCGACUGAAUUCCAAAAUUACAGAAGGUUUUCUGACUUCCAUUACCGUCCUCGAGAAGUCCUCCUCCCCGGGUUACAAAAUUGGCGAGUCAACCCUUACCGUCUUCGGCGUAUGGCUGAACCAAAUCGGCAUCGCCGCCCCCAUGCUCUGGCACCUAUUUGGACCCAAAGACGGCCUGGCAUUCUACUACUUCAAUCGCGAAGGUGACCCGGAGGAUUACACUGCUUUCAUCGCCAACGGACCGCCUGGAGAUCACGUUCCUACCUUGCAGAUGGAGAGAAAGAUUAGCGAGCUGCUGCUUACACUCUACGCUCAGCGUCUUGGCAUUACGGUUUUACAUGGUAAGCAAGUGCUUGUCGAUGAGGAGACAGUGAAAGGUCCAGCAGACGGGGAGGAGACGACUUUAAGUGUAUUGGAUGGAGAGAGUAACGUGCAGGAGACAAUCGAUGCUCGGCUUCUCGUGGAUGCAUCUGGCCGUUUCCAUCGCUUUGUUUCGAAGGCUAAGCAUCGGAUCGAGCGCCUUGAGGGCUUCAACACGCAUGCUUACUGGGCUUAUUGGGAGUGCGAUGUUGAUGAGAAGGAGAUUCCACUCCGUCAGUAUCAGAGCGUCAACACCAAUCACAUCUGUAUUCCGGAGGGCUGGGCUUGGGUUAUUCGUCUUCCAACCUGGGAGGGUAGUCCUAUUCCUAACCUUGUCAACAUGAUCCAUUACCUACUUGACUUGAACGCCGCCAAGACACCUGCAGACGAAUACCCAUCGACCGCCGAACUCGUAGAGAGAUUUGACCUCAAAUUCCGCUGGGUUUCCAGCAUCGGCUUUGCCCUUCGUUCAGACAUUGUUUAUCCUGAGGACAUGUCGGAAUACGGAAGCUGUGAGGCCGAGCAAAAGUUCAAUUGGGUCGUGUCCCGAUAUGCCAAGGUCACCGAGCUCAUGAGCAAGUUUACAUUACUCAAAGAUCUCUAUGGGCCCGGUACUACAUGGUACGCUCGCAAGAACCUCUGCUUCAAAUCUCCUCGUGUCAGUGGACCGAAUUGGAUGUCCAUCGGCGAUGCGACCGGCUUCACGAACCCUCUUUACUCCCCAGGAAUCAAUGCCAACAUGGGAACCAGCGUCUUCGUUGCGGAGCGGACCGAACAAUUCUUGGCCGGUAAGGGUGCCCGAAAGGAUAUCUUGGACGAGUAUGAGCUGUUCUGCAAGGACCGCAUCCCUAACCUUCAGCGAAUGAACAACUUCAACUAUAUGUGCUUCCGCAGCCCUGCUACCGGCCCCAUCGGUCCAAUUUGGCAAUAUCUCAUCGGUACCGGUAAUUCCCGAUUCCAAAACUCCGCCAGGUACACUCUCAAAGACUGUUCCGAGCUCCUCCUGGCCUGGGACUGGGGUGCAAAUGAGGCAGAGUACAUUGAGGCCACCAAGAAGAUUUGCAAGCUGCUCAAAGGUCCCUCUGACGAGCCCCUAUCCCAGGAGACGAUCGACGAGGUCAUGAAGGUUUCUGCGCAGGGACUCAGGGACGCUUUUGCAACGGGCAAGUACAAGGGUCGCUGGAGCGGCCUGUUGAGAUACUACGACGACGACCUGGUCUUCGACAAGGACAAGAUUGACCGCGACGUCCUGGCGAGACGAUGCGAGGACUGUGGGGAGUGGCGGAUGCUGAGAUCUGAUCUGCGUAGAUGCGUUUUUUGCGGUUAUGAGCAUAGCGUUGAGAACAGCGUGAAGGUCAUGUACAAGUCUUGA